AAUGGCACCGGUGCUAGCGCUAGGCCUAUUCCGACGUUUGAUUUUUACAACAUUGCAGACGACUCUAGCAAUUGUUUUCUGUACACGAAACCCGGCAAAAAUGGCAGCCCAAAAGGUCGAUAAAUCCACACCGGCAACAGGUAGCCCAGCAGAUUUAAAGGAGAAGAAGAAGGAAAGAAUCUUGGACUUGUCCCGUUACAUGGACAAGUUGAUCAGAGUCAAGUUUACCGGAGGCAGAGAGGCAGCUGGUAUACUUAAAGGUUACGAUCCUCUACUCAACAUUGUCCUGGACAACACGGUAGAAUAUCUAAGAGAUUCGGAAGAUUCAUUCAAGUUGUCAGAAGACACCAGACAGUUGGGCUUGGUGGUUUGUCGUGGAACAGCAGUUGUCCUCAUCUGCCCUGCUGACGGUAUGGAAGCCAUUGCCAACCCUUUCAUUCAACCAGAAUAAUUGAUUUUUUUUUCUAAAUUGAACCAAUGAUCAUUUGUCUGUGUGUUGUUUCCCAAUUUUCCAAUAAUAAAAGAACAAGAAAAAG